GAGCUGUCCAGUGUCACUGCACAGAAAAUUUCCCGCCAUGAGCAGUGCAGUAACUUUGGCAUAGCUCUGUCCAGCACCCACGGCUCUCAAGAGCAAACAGAUCUCGGGAGACAGCUGUUGGAAGUCAAGAAGUUCAUUGACUCGAUUGAGCCAUCUUUGGUCUGCAAAUUGGCUUCCUCCUUGCACCCUGAGAAGAAGUCGUGCCAGGUCUUCUCAGAUCCACAGAAAGGGAGCUAUAAUAUCUGCUUUCCAGUUGUUUUUACAGACGCAGGGGACCAGAUUCCCAAUGUCGAGUCAACUCAGAAUGCUGAACGAUGGAUGAUCCGAAUCCCCCUGCUCCCGCGUCUCGCAUUUCCCGAGGAAAAGAUGCGUGGCGAGAUUGCAACAAUGAAGUAAGGAACAUGAGAUAUUCCUGCUUCGUGGUCAAGCUCUAACAUGCUGCCCUGCUACGUAGGUACAUUGCUGAGAAAACCACUAUCCCUGUCCCCCGUCUUUUGAAUAUUCCAUCAACCGAGAUAACGUUCUUAAUCUUCCCUUUAUGGCCUUGGAGUACAUCACAGGCAAAACUCUCCAUGGAACUGAUGUGCCAUGUCUUCCUGACGAGUUGAAGUCGCAUCUGUUCGACCAGCUUGCCGAUGUCUAUAUUCAACUCUAUCGCCAGCAGUUCGAUCAUGUCGGCGCUCUCACGCUGGACAGCAACGAUGAAAACUGGGUGUUUGAGCAUAACCGCCCGCUCACCAUUGAGCUGAAUGACCAGGAACUCAGCGGGAUGAAGAGUUCCGAGAUUAUCCCUGCUCACCAAACCUACAAUUCUACCAUUGAUUAUGCCUAUGCUGUCUUGAAAUUGAUUUUCAAUGAUUUUUACCGCGGGAAAGAUAGUGUUUUCGACAAGGAGGAUGCACGGAACUAUCUAUAUGGCAUAUUUGCGUCCCAGGGCAUUGUGAUGGAAUGGGUAGACCCAAAGGACAACCACGGGCCGUUCAUUCUCAUGCAUGGGGAUCUUCGACCUCCUAAUAUCUUUGUGGAUGCUGACCUGAACAUCAUCUCAGUCAUCGAUUGGGAGUGGAGUCACACGGUUCCACCGCAAAUGUUUGUCCCGCCCUCCUGGAUUACAAGCCAGGAGCUCCCAGCUGCCACUAAAAAGCCCUAUGACUUUGCCUUUACGGUAUACAUUUCUCAGUUCCAGCGAGCCGCGAGAGAGCGGGAGGACAAACAUUAUAACCCGGAUAACAAGCUGAAAUUUAUUCUUCCUCUGGUCAAACUUUGGAGCAAACAUCUCAUGUCAGAUACGGUGUUCAUUGCCUACGCGCUUUUAAAACCAUGCUAUUUUGGGAAUGUCUACUGGAAUCUGUUGGAUGACAUGUACUACGGAGAAGACAGUGACAAAAGAGUGGAGGGCUUCUUUAAACUUUGUCUGCGGAAGCAACAAGAAGAAGAAUUGCAGAGAGUGCUGUCUGACCUUGAGGCUUUCCAGAAGGAAUUAGCACUGGCAGGAUUAGACCCAAUCGAACCGCUCAAGCCCCCAACACUUGAUCCAGCCAAAGGUAAGGAGGGUGCCGCUAUACACCAAGUAUGGAGGAAACCCAACCUUGAAAGAAUCGUUGGCCUAUUCUGUCGUUGGCUACCCUGCUCGCUGGUGGGUGUCAGUGUCUUCGUCUGCUGCAUCAUCGCCAAACGGCGGUAACAUGGGUUUGUUGUUUCAGGACAAU